AUGACUGAUUUCAUUAAAAAGCUAGUUGGGAAAAUGAAAGCAGUUUCAACAGGCACUAGUGCCAUUGGUAGCAAGAAGGAGUCAAUUUACGUGAACUGGUCCAAAGAGCAACUAAUACGAAGGAUCACAGAGCUAGAAACCGCUAACAAGGCACAUUCUGAAAAAUUCCACCACAUCGAAGAUAACAAGAAGCGCAAACUUUCGCAAGAAGAGAUUACCAAAAGCAAGGCGAAAAAGGCCCCAAAGAAGUUUGACUUUUCUAAACAUAAUACCAGGUUCAUCGCUUUGAGAUUUGCCUAUUUAGGCUGGAAUUACAAUGGUUUGGCCAUUCAGAAAGAAUAUACACCUUUACCAACAGUAGAGGGCACUAUUUUGGAGGCCAUGAAUAAGUGUAAACUCGUUCCAUCGAUGGUUUUACAAGACUAUAAAUUCAGCAGAUGCGGCAGAACAGAUAAGGGAGUAAGCGCUAUGAACCAAGUUAUUUCGUUAAAAGUCCGUUCCAAUUUAACAGAUGAGGAGCAGCUGGAUGCGGCCAACGACUGCAGGGAAAUACCCUAUGUUCAUGUUUUAAAUCAAUUACUACCCGACGAUAUUCGUAUAUCAGCUGUCUGCCUCAGACCGCCACCUAAUUUUGAUGCAAGAUUCAGCUGUGUUCACCGGCACUAUAAGUACGUUUUCAAUGGAAAAAACCUGGAUGUUGAUAAAAUGUCUAAGGCGGCAUUAUAUUUUCUUGGUGAGAAAGACUUCAGAAAUUUUUGUAAACUUGAUGGCUCAAAACAAAUUACCAAUUUCAAACGGACAAUAAUAAGCUCCAAAAUUCUUCCCCUUUCUGAAACUUUCUACUGUUUUGAUCUGAUUGGCUCAGCAUUUCUAUGGCACCAAGUUCGUUGUAUGAUGGCCAUUCUUUUCUUAGUCGGUCAAUCACUUGAAGAGCCAGAAAUUGUCUUGCAUCUGCUUGAUAUUGAGAAAACACCUCAAAGGCCUGUUUACGAAAUGGCAAAUGAUAUUCCAUUAUUGUUAUAUGAUUGUAAAUUUCCUAAAAUGGAAUGGCAAGAGCCUGCUGUGGACGACUAUAAGGCAAUAAAAUUCACGACAGCAACUGAAGCACUGACAUUACACUACGAACUAAAGGCUGCGGUAUGCAAUAUUUUUAAAGAUGUUUUGCCCACAGCAGAUACCAAUAACUUCUCAAAGACAAUUAUUAACUUAGGCGAUGGAAAGGGCAAAGUAGUUGGAAGCUAUGUGAAACUGAAAGAUAGAAAUGUUAUGGAACCUGUCGAAGUUGUUAAUGCGAAAUAUUCUAACAGAAAAAAUAAAAAAAUUAAAUAA